AUGGCUGAAACUGCUGCCGCUCCUGUGGUUGAAAUCGACUCCAAGAAGAAGCAGCCCAAGAAGGCAUCCAGCGCCAAGAAAGCCGCCAAGCCGUCCGGUCCCAGCGUAUCCGAACUCCUUGUUAAAGCUGUGUCUGCCUCUAAAGAGCGCAGCGGGGUGUCCCUGGCAGCCCUGAAGAAGGCUUUGACCGCCGCUGGUUACGAUGUGGAGAAGAAUAACAGCCGCCUCAAGCUGGCUCUCAAGGGCUUGGUGACUAAAGAGACUCUCGUCCAGGUCAAAGGUAGCGGAGCCUCCGGCUCCUUCAAGCUCAACAAGAAGCAGGCGGAGAGCAAAGACAAGGCUGCAAAACCCAAGAAGGCACCGGCUAAAGUCAAGAAGCCCGCCCCAAAGAAAGCCUCAAAGUCUCCGGCUAAAGCCAAGAAGGUAGCCGCGAAGAAGGCCAAGAAGCCGGCAGUCUCGGCUAAAAAAGCCACCAAGAGCCCCAAGAAAGUCAAAGCCGCCAAGCCCAAGAAGGCAGUGAAGAGUCCGGCUAAAAAGGCAGCCAAGUCCAAAGCCGCUAAGAGUCCAGCAAAGGCUAAAAAGGCAGCUCCCAAGAAGAAAUAA